CAGUAUUCAAUCUUCCUUUGCAUCACCAAAAUAUUAACUGAUCACUAAGAGCUUCAAUUUAAGCCACAAGAGCUUCUUCCUCUUCACAAAAUCAUCCUCUCUCACUUUACUUACUCCUUCACUCAAUCUCCACGUUUUUUCUUAUAUUGACGAAGAAAAAUGAUUAUCCCAGUGGCAGCAACAUCAUCCUCUGCCUGCAAACAAGAACUGCCUCUAAUAAAUUUCCAAAAGGGACUCACCAAAAUGGAGUCAUUAUUUCACAAUCGAAACAAAGAUAAGGUGGUAGUGAUAAUGGGGGCCACAGGUACUGGAAAGACCAAAUUAGCCAUAGAUUUGGCCAAACAUUUUCAACCAUCUGAAAUUGUUAAUUCAGAUAAAAUACAAGUUUAUAAAGGUCUUGACAUAACAACAAAUAAGGUCACAGAAGAAGAAUGUGAUGGGGUCCCACAUCAUCUCUUGGGUUUAUUUGAUCCUACAACAAAUUUCACUGCCAAUGAUUUUUGUUACCAUGCUUGUUCAGCUAUUGAUUCAAUUGUGCAAAAAGAUGGGUUACCUAUUAUUGCUGGUGGUUCAAAUUCUUAUUUAGAUGCCUUGGUGAAUCAUUGUACUGAAUUUAGGUUAAGGUAUGAGUGUUGUUUUCUUUGGGUUGAUGUUGCACUUCCAGUCCUUCAUUCUUCGCUUCAAUCGCGCGUUGAUCGUAUGAUUGAAGCUGGUCAAGUAGAUGAAGUUCGUGAAUUUUUUGACCCGUCGGGUGAUUAUACAAAAGGGAUCCGAAGAGCUAUUGGAGUGCCUGAAUUUCAUGAUUUUCUUAUGGCGGAAGCAAAUUCAGCGGAUGAGAGAAUUAAGAAGAAGCUUCUUGAAGCUGCUAUUACUAGGGUUAAGAUUAAUAAUUGCACUCUUGCAAAUCGACAACGUCAAAAGAUUCAACGGUUAAAUGGAAUGUGGAAAAGGAGCAUGCAUCGUCUUGAUGCCACUGAAACUGUUAUUAGAAGUGGAACACUGGCUCGUAAGGAAGCAUGGGAAGAUCACGUACUCUCAAGGAGUCUUGUGAUCCUUUACAACUUUCUUUACGGUGAAACACAUGUUCGCUCAAAAAAUAUUUUACCUGAAAAUAUAAUUAAUUCUCUUUCUGGAUCACAAACGAGACUUGCAUUGUCGGGUGUUGCGGCAGCAACCCAUUAAACACAACGGGACCGUGAAUCAUCCUACAAAGGUUGCACAAUCAACAUAUUUGGGGCACACCAUUGAAUUCCACAUAAUUUUUGUUUUUUCUAUAAAUAAUUUUACUUUCAUUCUGGGAGAUUUUAUAAAUAUAUAUAAUCUUUUGUUCAACUUCUUGAUUGGUUAUAUGAGAAAUGUAGUUUUUUUGUUUUCA